AAAACCUGGCACGUAAUCGGAUUAGGGGUUGAGUUUGCUUCAAAUGGGAGAUUCUGACGGUGGGAUUUGCUCUCGAGCACAAGUGGCCUCCCGCGACUACCUCCUCGACCACCCAGAGUAAGGGAACCCCUGGAGAAGCUGCCAAAAUGCCAGUGGAUCUGAACGGAUACUGGAAAAUGAUUUCCAAUGACAACUUUGAGGAGUACCUUAAGGCUCUUGAUGUUAAUGUUGCCAUCCGGAAAAUUGCCACUUUGCUGAAGCCAGACAAGGACAUCGUCCAUGAGGGGGAUCACAUCAUCAUCAAAACCCUCAGUACCUUCAAAAACUACAACAUGGAUUUCUAUGUGGGCAAAGAGUUUGAGGAGGAUCUGUCUGGGGUGGAUGACAGGAAGUGUAUGACCACCAUCACCUGGGAAGGAGAUAAACUGGUGUGUGUACAGAAAGGGGAGAUUGAAGGAAGAGGUUGGACCCACUGGGUGGACGGAGACGAGCUUCAUCUGGAGCUGAGAGCUGGAGGAGUUGUCUCCAAGCAGGUCUUCAAGAAGUCCUAAAGGGGCUCAGAGGCCCAAUGAGAUGAUACCCCCCCACCAGCUGACAUAGCAUCCAACAUCCCAUUUAGUCCAUUCUCAUGCUCUCAUCCACAAUAACAUUUUCCGCCAGGAUAGUAAGUCGCCAAUAUAUCAUCCACGAUUACCUUGCUCUGUCAAAGACCGCUGGGAAAAGCAACCUAGCAUGCAUCCCCAACCGCUCUGUAUGCAUAAAAGCAUAGAUGAUGUUUAGAGUAGCUGAUCAGACGGGUGGACCGCACUGAUGGAUAUGGAUGCAACCAAGUUGAGUGUAGUUGAGGGAUGCAAGUGUGUUUAGUAAGAAUAUCAUGUAUAUAAAUUAUAUUCCUCACAAUUCUUUGGUGUCACUGAUAGGAAAAUAAAUAAAUCAUGAAAAUGUAAUCCAA